GAAAAAAAAGAGCCACAGCUGCGCUUUCUCGAUUCCGAUACUCCUUUACCUUUCGGCCAUUGCGCGCCGCCUUCCCGUUCCAUCAGAAUUCAACUGGACUCGGCAACGACAAGAUGAAGUUCAGCAGCAUUCUGUCCGUUGGCCUUUUGGUCGUCUCGCCCCUGGCUGCGGCCUGGAGCAAGGAGGGUAAGAGCAUCGCCAUCCUGUCUUGUCUCCGUUGCGCAGCAUUUGCUAACGUGGGAAAAACAAUAGAUCGUGAGAUUUUCCGUAUCCGCGAUGAGAUCAAGGCCCACGAGGCCAACCCCGAGCAGACCUUCUACGACCUCCUCGGCGUCAAGAACAGCGCUUCCAUCGACGAGAUCACCAAGGCUUACCGCAAGAUCUCCCGUACUCUCCACCCUGAUAAAGUCCGCCAGCAGCUCAUCGCCGAGCGCACCAAGGCCAAGAAGAAGGAGAAGAAGACCCCCGGCGUCAAUGUUUCCAAGGCUCCUACUCAGAAGGAGAUCAAGGCCGCUGUCAAGAUUGCCUCCGAGCGCCAGGCUCGCCUCGGUCUCGUGCGUAACAUCAUCAGCGGUCCCGAUCGCGACCGCUACGACCAUUUCCUGAAGAAUGGCUUCCCGGCCUGGAAGGGGACCAAUUACUAUUACAAUCGGUACCGCCCUGGUCUGGGCACUGUGCUCUUCGGUGUCUUCCUUGUGGCUGGAGGUGCCUUCCACUACAUCGCUCUGUACAUGUCGUGGAAGCGUCAGAAGGACUUUGUUGAGCGCUACAUCAAGUUCGCGCGCAAUGCUGCUUGGGGAGACAACCUGAGCAUUCCUGGCAUCGACGACUCCCCCGCCCCUGCUCCUGCUGCGCCCGCCGCCGACGAUGAGGAGGGCCCCCAGCUGCCCAGAAACCGCAAGGAGAGACGUAUGCAGGAACAGAUGGCUCGUAGAGAGGCCGCCAAGGAGCGCGGAGGCCGAUCCCGCAAGCCCGCUCCCGCCGCUCGCAGCACCAGCGGCAGCGGUACCGCCACCCCCCGCGAGACGGUUGCGCAGACCGGCCAGACCGGCCCCACCGGCUCCAAGAAGCGCGUUGUCGCCGAGAAUGGCAAGAUUCUUGUGGUUGAUUCCCUCGGAGACGUCUACCUUGAGGAGCAGGAUGAGGAUGGUAACACCGAGCAGUACCUCCUUGAUCCCAACGAACUGCCUCAACCCACCAUCCGUGACACCGCGCUCGUCCGCCUCCCCAUCUGGGCCUACAACCGCACUGUCGGCCGCGCCCUCGGCAAGAACAAUGCUGAGCUGGAGAUCGACACCGAGGACCUGGACUCUGAUGACGGCGAGAUUCAACACACCCCCAGCUCCGAUUCUGCCGCUGAUGACUUUGAGCUCUUGGAGAAAUCGACCGAUUCUUUGGGCAAGGCCAAGGCUUCCGGUGCGCAGACUGGAGGCAAGACCAACAAGCGCAAGAACAAGAAGCGUUAAGUCAUUGAUUCAAAAAAAUGGUUGGUGAAUAGAGCUUCACGACGGGCCUCUCUGAACCCUCUGACGGGUUCUGCGACCUUGGUUGGUCUUGAAGAUCAGACAAGCGACCCAGAGGUGCAUGAUGUGCCAUGAAGCUGCAGUCAGUCUCGUCGUUUACGUAGAUUAUCCAUCAAUGCAAAUUCUCGUGCGAAGUGAGGUAC